AUGGAUGCGGUCUCCGAAGAAAGCACACUUCAGACCAGCGUUCUCCCUCAGUUUUCGGGAACUGAACCGUAUACAACUUCACAAACUUCGCUGUUUCUCAGCAGCAGUAGUAGCACCACUGGAAGCGAAUACAUGAACGAUGAAGAGCCACCGGAAUGGUGCACAAUAUUAUCUGUUGACUGUGAAUGUCAUAUGUCUUAUCAGUUUUACGCAUAUGAGGAACGGCUACUGCUUGGUCUUAUUACCUUACCAAUAAUUAUCUUCGGCCUCUGUGCAAAUAUUACCUCGAUUCGUAUAUUCACCCACCGACUAAUGUUCUCAUCAUCCAUCAACUGGUAUCUCGCCAUCCUUUCUAGUUCGGACACACUUAUCUUGUUCUCCGCAUUUUUCGUCUUAUCUUUGCCCAGACUUGGCGAAUAUACCAGGACGUGGUCUGCAACCAGAUUCAGGUUUGGUUCCUUUGCUUUUUCCAUUCCACUACUUGGAGGUAGCAGUUGGGUGACUAGCGUUUGCAUCUCAUCCAAUUACUACUCCUCAUUUCACUUCACUGCAGAGUACUGUCCGCCUCACUCAGCUUUCUUCGUGUAA